CGGAAGCGCUGGUGCGGCGCGGCGUCUUUGAGCAGAUACCCCAGUCAGGGGCGCCAUGGUCUUCCUCACCGGGCAGCUCUGGCUGCGGAGCCGCGUCACCGACCGCUAUUGGCGGGUCCAGGAGGUGCUGAAGCAUGCGCGGCAUUUCCGGGGAAGGAAGAACCGCUGCUACCGGCUGGCCGUCCGGGCUGUGAUAAGAGCGUUUGUGAAGUGCACGAAAGCUCGGAGACUGAAGAGAAGGAACUUGAGGACGCUCUGGAUUAAUCGGAUCACAGCUGCCUCCCAGGAACAUGGCCUAAAGUACCCAGUGUUUGUUGCCAAUUUGAUUAAGUGCCAGGUGGAGCUCAACAGGAAGGUGUUGGCCGACCUAGCCAUCUACGAACCGAAGACUUUUAAAUCCUUGGCUGCUUUGGCCAAAAGGAGGGGACAGGAAGGAUUUGCUGCUGCCUUGGGGGACGGGAAGGAGCCCGAAGGUAUAUUUUCCAGAGUGGCACAGUACCGUUGAGGGGACCCCUGCCCUCUCUGGCCAAGUGUCUUAGGAAAAGGCUUUUCCCCCAAUGAUCGUAACUCAGAAAGGGGCCAAGAAUCAUUUGCCGGGAGUGUGCGGAGUUUGAUUUGCAUGGUUUUAAUUUCUACUUCAGUAACAGGUAUGAGGGAGAAGCACUGUCUGCCCUCCUCGCCACGGGCCAGCAGCACUGCGUGUUACCAGGCUGUGCUGUGAAUAAAGCCUGCGUGGUGAUCGGUG